UGAGGACUGGGACGACUCGACCUACUCCGCUAACCCAGAGGCCUGAGCCAAUCACAAAGAGGACUGGACUCUCGCUUGAGCUCCCUUCCCUCCUCCUACCCCAGCAACAGCCUCCUGGAAAGGGGAACAUUGGAAGGGGGUUGUUUGCAAUUCAAAUCCUUGGCUUUCUGCCCACCUCUCUUCCAAAUAAGAAAGCAGAAGCCUCUGUGAGGGGCAAAAGGUUCUUGGAAAUUGCCGGGGCAUUAAGAUCCGGAGAUCCUUCCUCCUGUCUCUUUAAUCUGCUUUCGAAGCUAAGGGGAAAAAGCAAGGAUGGUGGAGGCUUUCUGUGCCACCUGGAAGCUGACCGACAGUCAGAACUUUGAUGAGUACAUGAAGGCUCUAGGUGUGGGCUUUGCCACAAGGCAGGUGGGAAAUGUAACUAAACCAACAGUGAUCAUCAGUCAGGAGGGGGACAAAGUGGUAAUCAGGACUCAGAGCACAUUCAAGAACACAGAGAUUAGUUUCCAUUUGGGGGAAGAGUUUGAUGAAAUCACGGCAGAUGACAGAAACUGUAAGUCUGUUGUUAGCCUGGAUGGAGACAGACUCAUUCAUGUACAGAAAUGGGAUGGCAAGGAAACAAAUUUUGUAAGAGAAAUUAAGGAUGGCAAAAUGGUUAUGACUCUGACUUUUGGUGACGUGGUUGCUGUUCGCCACUAUGAGAAGGCAUAGAAAGGUUCCUGAUCUGUAGCCAGAGAAGCUCUACACUUGUUCUGUUUACUGAAGUCUCAGUGUUAUCCUGCUAUUAUAGCAAAGCUGAUCACUAAAGAGAAGGUUAUCCUUGGUGUGGAGGUGGUGAUUUUAAAUAGAUAUUUAAAAAUUU